CUGCCGGGUACGGAGCGGAGCGCCAGACGCCAACAGGAAGCCUCCGCGCCCGGCCCGGGGGCGAUCGGCCCGUAGCGCCCCCGGGUCUGUCCCCGGGGCGCCAUGGCCCCACCGAGGCCGGGCGCACCGGCGGGGCUCCGGGUGCGUCGGCUAGCGCGCAGCUGAGCAGGGUGUAGUUUGGAGAGGCCGGGGCCCCCUGGGGUGCAGGUGGGGGCCGGCGCCAUGGAGCCCCCAGCCGCCCCCUCGGAGAGGAGCCUGUCUCUGUCUCUGCCCGGGCCCCGGGAGGGCCAGGCUACCCUGAAGCCGCCCCCCCAGCACCUGUGGCGGCAGCCGCGGACCCCCAUCCGUAUCCAGCAGCGCGGUUACUCCGACAGCGCAGAGCGCGCAGAGCCGGAGCGGCCGACACACCGGCACAUAGAGCGCGCGGAUGCUGUGGACACCGGCGACCGGCCCGGCUUGUGCACGUCCCGCAUGUCCUGGCCCUCGUCCUUCCACGGCACCGGCACCAGCAGCGGCGGCGCGGGGGGAGGCAGCUGCAGGCGCUGUGAGGCAGAGAAUGGGCCGACGCCAUCCCCUGGCCGCAGCCCCCUGGACUCGCAGGCGAGCCCGGGCCUUGUGCUGCACGCCAGUACGGCCACCAGCCAGCGCCGUGAGUCUUUCCUCUACCGCUCAGACAGCGACUAUGACAUGUCACCGAAGACCAUGUCCCGGAACUCGUCGGUCACCAGCGAGGCGUACGCUGAGGACCUCAUCGUAACACCAUUUGCCCAGGUACUGGCCAGUCUCCGGAGUGUUCGCAGCAACUUCUCACUCCUGACCAAUGUGCCCAUUCCCAGCAACAGGCGGUCCCCACUGAGUGGCCCAACUCUCGUCUGCAAGGCCACACUGUCAGAGGAGACAUGUCAGCAGUUGGCCCGGGAGACGUUGGAGGAGCUGGACUGGUGUCUGGAGCAGCUGGAGACCAUGCAGACCUACCGCUCAGUCAGCGAGAUGGCGUCCCACAAGUUCAAGAGGAUGCUAAACCGUGAACUCACACACCUGUCAGAGAUGAGCAGGUCAGGCAACCAGGUCUCUGAGUACAUCUCCACCACAUUCCUGGACAAGCAGAAUGAAGUAGAGAUCCCAUUACCCACGAUGAAGGAUGGAGACAAACAGCAAGCAUCCUGGCAGAGACCCUCCCAGCAGCCCCCACCCCCUGGGCCGCAGUUCCAGCCCAUGUCUCAGAUCACAGGGGUAAAGAAGCUGACGCAUAGCAGCAGCCUGACCGACUGCAGUAUUCCCCGCUUUGGGGUGAAGACAGACCAAGAGGAUCUCCUGGCCCAAGAACUGGAGAACCUGAACAAGUGGGGCCUGAACAUCUUUCGAGUGUCAGAUUAUGCAGGGGGCCGUUCCCUCAGCUGCAUCAUGUAUGCGAUAUUCCAGGAACGGGACCUGCUGAAGAAGUUCCGCAUCCCAGUGGACACAAUGGUGACAUACAUGCUGACCCUGGAGGACCACUACCACCAGGAUGUGGCCUACCACAACAGCUUGCACGCAGCCGAUGUGCUCCAGUCCACCCAUGUGCUGCUGGCAACACCUGCGCUGGACGCCGUGUUCACAGACCAGGAGAUUCUCGCGGCCCUCUUUGCGGCUGCCAUCCACGACGUGGACCACCCUGGGGUUUCCAACCAGUUCCUCAUCAACACCAAUUCGGAACUGGCCCUCAUGUACAACGACGAGUCGGUGCUGGAGAACCACCACCUGGCUGUGGGUUUCAAGCUGCUGCAGGAGGACAACUGCGACAUCUUCCAGAACCUCAGCAAGCGCCAGCGGCAGAGCCUGCGCAAGAUGGUCAUCGACAUGGUGCUGGCCACGGACAUGUCCAAGCACAUGACCCUCCUGGCUGACCUGAAGACCAUGGUGGAGACCAAGAAAGUGACCAGCUCGGGUGUCCUUCUGCUGGACAACUACUCUGACCGCAUUCAGGUCUUGCGAAACAUGGUGCACUGUGCAGACCUCAGCAACCCCACCAAGCCACUAGAGCUGUACCGACAGUGGACAGACCGCAUCAUGGCCGAGUUCUUCCAGCAAGGUGACCGUGAGCGUGAGCGAGGCAUGGAGAUCAGCCCCAUGUGCGACAAGCACACAGCCUCGGUGGAGAAGUCUCAGGUGGGUUUCAUCGACUAUAUUGUGCACCCGCUUUGGGAGACAUGGGCUGACCUGGUCCAUCCAGAUGCCCAGGAGAUCCUGGACACAUUGGAGGACAACCGGGACUGGUACUACAGUGCCAUUCAGCAGAGCCCGUCACCACCGCCUGAGGAGGAGCCCGGAGGGCCAGGCCACCCGUCUCCACACGAUAAGUUCCAGUUUGAGCUGACGCUGGAGGAGGAAGAGGAGGAGGGGGCGGUGUCCUCCGCUCUGGGUGCAUUUGAGGUGCAGGAAUUGUCCACAACCCAGUAUGCAUUCCCACCUGAUGAAGUGUUGGAGGUUGACGGCCAGGAUACAUCUGCAGAGGUGGAGGAGGUAGAGGAAAUGUCCUUGACACAGCAAGCAGACAGUGUGGCUUCGGGCCAGGACGACUCCACAUCCCCAGAUGCAUCCGUGGAUCCCAUAGGCUGCCGCAGCCCCCCUGAGAGCCUCCCUCGGCCUGCCUUGAGGACCCCGCCCACUCCAGAGGAGGCCCCGGGCCUCCUGGGCCUCCCCUCCAUGGUGGCCGAGGUGGGGGCCCAGAAAGAGCAUCAGGCUGCCAAGAGGGCGUGCUGUGCCUGCACAGGGACAACCAGCGAGGACCCACCCACACUCCCAUCUCCUGGCGGGUGGGAGUCUGCUGGAGACCCUAUCUGAGCCCCAGCCCCUACCCCCUUUUGCCCUCCCUGCCUCCUUUCACCGACAUCACCCCCCAACUGCCUCCUCCACUGCCUCAAAGACUCUUGGGCCUCCUGAGAAAAAAGAAAACAGAAAAGUGGUUUUUUUUCUCUUUUCUUUUUUUCCCCUUUCCUCCCACCCCUACCCCCACCCACAGGACCUCUUUUUGGAGGUGGGGCCUGGGGAAUAAGGGGCUGAGGUCCUGGAAGGGAUUUUAUUUUUCGAAUUUUAAUUGUUACAUUUUUAAAAAAAGGAAAAAAAAAGAAAAAAAAACCAGGAUGAAACACAGCAACUGUAGAUGCUCCUGUUCCCGGCUCCCCUUGUCCAUCUCCACCCCCGCCACCCCCCCAGGUCCCAGGCUCAGUCUUCCAGCCUCUUUGGGCUCUCUGUCUGGGCCCAAGCAGGCUUAGGGUCUCCCUCCAGGCUCUUCUGAGCUUUGAAGGGUUUCUAGAAUCCAGCCAGAAAUAGCCAUUCUGGGCAGGGCUGGUGGGGGCGGUCACUGUGAGGAGCCCCAGCUCCAGCCCCUCUCAGGCUCACUGCCCUCCCACCCCCCCCCAGAAGUCUUCCACCUCAUUUUGCACAAACCUGGCAAUACUGACUCGGGGACAGGCACAGGGACGCUGUGAAGUUGAGGAUGCUGGGAGGAGAGGGUGUGAGAGACAUUUGCAUUCACACCAUCAGCCUAGGAUCUGAGGUUUCAGGAGGGCCUGAUCCCCCUCCACUUGCCACUCUCUUCCCCUUCCACUUUGGGUUCCGUUUGAAUUUUCUCUGUUGCGGGGGGAAUGGCUCUGAGCUGCACCCCCCUUCCAGCUGCUUCUCAUCUUGUUUCUGCCUUAAUGAUUCCCAUGGCCAUAGGAGAGGGGGUUGCAGUGGCUCCUACCUGCACCUUGGUUGGGGUGGGGCCAGGCCCAGAGCCCCCAUCCUGGGCACCCUCCAGCAUCCUCCUGCUCCCCUCCCCAAGCCUUUGCCCUAGGAGGAAGCAAUAAUGGUGUACACCCACAUUCCCUUUCUGGGCAUCCCUUCCUACCCUGGCACCAAAGUCAUUUCUCCUUUGUCCCCACUUUGCCAAGCCUUCCCCUCUCCUAGCUAUUCCCCGAGCAAUACGACAGACAGAUGAAAGGCCAUUUUUCUCCAAGCCAUGGGGGAAUGUUUGGAAGGAAAGACCCCCUUUUCUCCCCUCCUCUAUGCCCCUUGGCCUGGUUCUGCGCAGCUGGGCAGGGCACGACCUCUCUCAUUGCCCUCACCCCUCGAAUUCUGAGCACACGGUACUGUAGCCUCCCCUGCCCCCAGCCUUCCAUCUGUCUGUCUAUCCCCCUGGGGAGUACCACCCGCUCCCACUCCCAUGAUGCUGUACAGGGUUCAUUUUUGUAGUGAAAGUAGUUUCUGUCCUAGCCGGCAACCGGAGUGGGCCUUUUUUGUGUUUUUUGUUUUAUUUUCUCUUUUUUUUUUCUUGUACAUACUGUAUGGUUGGUUUGUAAAUUAUUCUACAGAGGCAAAAAGGGAAAAUAAACUUGCCCUUCCCCUGCUGACCCAGUCAGGGGGAGGAAGGAUGGGGUCUCCCAGAGGGAGAGUUCCCAUUCCUGCUGUAUUAUACAAACUGUACAAUAGACCCCGAAAGGGUGGGCUUGAUGCUGUUUGAUGGGGAGUCGGUUCAUCUGUGGGAUGAGGGCUUGGCAGAGUCUGCCCCUCUCCCUGCCCCAGGGCCAGGUGGGACUGGCCUCCAUUGAGAUGGACCCCCCGACCCCCAAUCAGGGCUCCUCUCUCCAGGGGGGAGCACAGGACCCCUGUGAGCUGCUCGAGUGUUGUCCACUUUGACGAUAAAUCAGUCGGUCUGUUGAUCGAUAAUCAAUCCUUUGAUCUUGUCUCCAAUUAAACCGAGGCUUUCACCAAUCUUCCUGGCUGUUGUGGCUUCUUUUCUUACCUUGGUUGUCAAGAUGUGCCUCUCCUGCUCUGUCAGCCUGGGUCUGG